GGUGGACUGCAAGGACUGUUGUUCUGUAUCUGCUCUUCUUAAAUGCAAAUAACAGCACUUUAUGCUUGCCUCAUGCAUAGUAGUUCUUAGGAGCAUGUGGUGGUAGUUUAGCUUGGAGAAUUAAUCGGGAAGACUUGCUGAAGAGCAGACUUUAGGGCUGGGACCUGUUGAUGGUUGAAAGCAGGCUGCUGGUGUAGCAGGAGAGUGUGUGAAAUGGGAUGGUUGCCUGGGAGACAUUAUGACCUCUCCUGCUUAUGCUGUGGUGCUGAGGGGCCCCUGCCAGUGAGGUGCAUAUGUUCUGUCAUCUUGUACUAGGGUGCUUCCACAACAGGAGGAACAUCAGUAACCAAAGCUGCUGCUACCACCAAUCAAGAGAGGAAGCGUGUGGGAGAAGCAAUGCGUGAGUGCAUCUCUAUUCACAUUGGCCAAGCUGGAGUUCAAAUUGGCAAUUCUUGCUGGGAACUCUUCUGUCUGGAGCAUGGCAUUCAGCCAAAUGGCACCUUCAUCGACCAACCCAGUGAUGAUGACGCUUUUGCCACAUUCUUCAGAGAGACAAGCUCUAGAAAAUAUGUGCCCCGUGCUAUUAUGGUGGACUUGGAACAAACAGUAAUAGAUGAAGUGCGGACUGGCACCUACCGGCAGCUUUUCCAUCCGGAACAGCUUGUCUCUGGAAAGGAAGAUGCAGCAAAUAAUUAUGCACGUGGUCACUACUCUGUUGGCAAAGACAAAAUUGACUUGGUAUUGGAUCGUAUCCGUAAGAUGGCAGAUGACUGUUCUGGGCUGCAAGGGUUUCUGAUCUUCCACAGCUUUGGUGGGGGUACUGGCUCUGGCUUUACCUCCUUACUAAUGGAACGACUCUCCAUUGAAUAUGGAAAGAAGUCCAAACUGGAGUUUGCAAUCUACCCAGCCCCACAGGUUUCCACUGCUGUGGUGGAGCCCUACAAUUCUAUCCUGACCACACAUACCACCCUGGAGCACUUGGAUUGCACAUUCAUGGUGGAUAAUGAAGCCAUCUAUGACAUCUGCCGCCGAAACCUGGACAUCGAGCGUCCCACCUACACCAACCUCAACCGUCUCAUCAGCCAGAUUGUCUCCUCCAUCACGGCUUCACUGCGCUUCGAUGGUGCUCUCAAUGUGGAUCUGACAGAGUUCCAGACAAACCUGGUGCCCUACCCGCGCAUCCACUUCCCCUUAGUCACCUAUGCCCCCAUCAUCUCCUCUGACAGAGCGUACCACGAGCAGCUCUCAGUGGCUGAAAUCACCAGCGCCUGCUUUGAGCCCAACAACCAGAUGGUAAAGUGUGACCCAAGACAUGGCAAGUACAUGGCCUGCUGCAUGCUGUACCGUGGUGAUGUGGUUCCCCAGGAUGUCAGUGUCGCAAUUGCUGCCAUCAAGGCCAACAGAACCCUACAGUUUGUCGACUGGUGUCCAACAGGCUUCAAGGUUGGGAUCAACUAUCAGGCUCUUACAGUUAUACCAGGAGGAGACCUAGCCCAGGUCGAGCGAGCAGUCUGCAUGCUAAGCAACACCACGGCCAUUGCAGAGGCUUGGGCCAGGCUUGAUCACAAGUUUGAUCUGAUGUAUGCCAAGAGAGCUUUUGUGCACUGGUAUGUUAGUGAAGGCAUGGAGGAGGGAGAAUUUGCAGAGGCACGAGAAGACCUGUCUGCCCUGGAGAAGGAUUAUGAAGAAGUGGUAACUGACUUACUUGAAGAAAAUGAGGCAGUGGAGUCUUAAAAAUCACACUGCCUUUUUCUGUGCAU